ACAAAGUUUUGUGUUAUCAGUUUAUAGAUAAUAGAACCACACCUAAGGAACAUAGACAUAAAAGAGCCGCAGGGACCGCAGCCUCAGGACCUCAGGAAGGGAGAUGAGGAGGAACAGUCAGAAAAAAGAGGCCAGAGAGGGUCGGUCAGGAAGUCAACUGAUGAGAAGUAUACUUUCUUUUCUUUUUUGUUGUUGUUUUUUUGUUUGUUUGUUUGUUUUUUGUUUUUCGAGACAGGGUUUUUCUGUGUAGCCCUGGCUGUCCCGGAACUCAUUCUGUAGAUCAGGCUGGCCUCGAACUCAGAAAUCCACCUGCCUCUGCCUCCCAAGUGGUUUUUUUUUUUUUAAUACUUUCUAUGAUUGCAACCAAAUGUCACUCAGCCUGCUUUCUCAUCGAUGAAUCGGAGACAGUUAACAACCCCUAUUACAUGGCAUAUAUUGGUUAACAACAAACUCUCCAAGCAUAGGAGUAGCUAGAAUUAGCAUUCCCCAUCUCAAGGUUCUCAUCACAUUCAAGAAUAAAUGGGUCAGAGGCCUAGGGGUUAAGACUUCAAGUGCUUAAGUCUUCCUGGCAUUCCAGCUUCCACCUUCAGAUCAACAAGGUUAGUUAAAGGAAGUGACAAAGUUUUUAGGAGCCCUGAGUUCCACAGCUCAUCAGCUGUGAGAUUUUACUGGCCAUUCAUUCUUAUUCACUCCAAGGCACUGACAUCUUUGUUUACUAUGUAGUCUGGGCUGGCUCCAAACUCUGGCUCUUCCUGUCUCCGCAACCAGAGUCUGGGGUUACAGGUGUACACGACCGCGCAUAGAUUCCAGUACUCUGUCAAAUGGGGACUGUGUUCCAGCGCUGUGUACAACGGGCUGUUCUGUACGCAGGCUUAGGAAUUAAUGCAGUUUUCUGCCAGCCUCAUCCCAACAAGCAUGUGUCAUUUCCAUGUGGCAUACACUAGAGGCCAUGUUGCACUUAGAACCAAGUUGGGCAGGUUCCUGAGGUUCCCCAAUCCUGCAAAUACUAAUGUGGGAGUAAGAGUAAAGCAAGAUGGUCACUUCCCUAGCAGGACUCAAUAAGCAGCUCCUCCACGUUAGCCCCCUCACAGGCAGGCGGACCCAGCUAGGGUAAGUGGAUCUUUGGAACGCCCCAGAGAAUCCGUCCGCUGGCCUCGCGGGGCGUCGAAGCCGGUUUCCUAGACGACCUUUCUCCACUCCAGUUUCUCACUAUCCCAAGGCUACCGCCUGUCCUCUUGUCCUCACUAGCUGCUGUCCCAGGUCCAUACCCGAGUCACUGGGUACGCCAGGAAGUGGUGAGCAGCUCGUUGAACAAGAAGCUGGUUUAGAGAGUCUUAAGCUCCACGGUGAACGCUAGGAAGAAAAGCUGAGCGCCGCUGGGCAUGGGAUGCCCGCUCAACCCAAGACUGCGGUCGGGCUGGCGGAGCGCCACGUUUAGUCCCCAAGUGUCGCGACGCCCUGCAACACAACCUCCCGAGGGCCCGCCCCUUAGAGCUUGCCCCCCAAGCCCCGCCCUCCCUUAGCUGCCAGAAAAACCCGGCUGAAGGUUCCGCCCCUCAGUCCCCUCUCCGAGCCUUGUCCCUUAUGCCCCGCCCCUUUCGAAAAGACCCGCUUUGCGGCCCCACCCCUUAGACUCCGCCCCCUCAGGUUCCCCGAACAGCCUUCCGAAAACCCGAUUGAGGCCCCGCCCCCGGCCGAGACCACGCCCCCGGCCAUCCGCGCUUGUAGUUCCCGCUGAUCUCUCCAAAGUCCCGCGGCCAGGGGUGUCGGCUUUCCGCCGCAGGCGGCCGGUGCUGCGCUAGGUCCUAGCCCCCUCCCGCCCCCCGGCCCCUCCUUCGAUCGCUGUGGUCGGGUAGCGCCCGGCGGGCGGCCUGCGGGCGGGCCGUCCUCUCAGCCGUAGCCCACCCCCUCUUAAAGCCGCGGCGGGAAGAUGAGGUUUCGUGAGCAGUUCCUGGGCGGCAGCGCCGCGAUGCCGGGCGCGACCCUGCAGCGGGCCUGCCGCCUGCUCGUGGCCGUCUGCGCGCUGCACCUCGGCGUCACCCUCGUCUAUUACCUCUCCGGCCGCGAUCUGAGCCGCCUGCCCCAGUUGGUCGGAGUCUCCUCUACACUGCAGGGCGGCACGAACGGCGCCGCCGCCAGCAAGCAGCCCCCAGGAGAGCAGCGGCCCCGGGGCGCGCGGCCGCCGCCUCCUUUAGGCGUCUCCGCGAAGCCUCGCCCGGGUCUCGACUCCAGCCCUGGUGCAGCUUCUGGCCCCGGCCUGAAGAGCAACUUGUCUUCGUUGCCAGUGCCCACCACCACUGGACUGUUGUCGCUGCCUGCUUGCCCUGAGGAGUCCCCGCUGCUCGUUGGCCCCAUGCUGAUUGACUUUAAUAUUGCUGUGGAUCUGGAGCUUUUGGCAAAGAAGAACCCAGAGAUAAAGACGGGCGGCCGUUACUCCCCCAAGGACUGUAUCUCUCCUCACAAGGUGGCCAUCAUCAUCCCAUUCCGCAANCGGCAGGAGCAUCUCAAAUACUGGCUGUAUUAUUUGCACCCCGUCCUUCAGCGCCAGCAGCUCGACUAUGGCAUCUACGUCAUCAAUCAGGCUGGAGACACCAUGUUCAAUCGAGCUAAGCUGCUCAAUAUUGGCUUUCAAGAGGCCUUGAAGGACUAUGAUUACAACUGCUUUGUGUUCAGUGAUGUGGACCUCAUUCCGANGGACGACCAUAAUGCCUACAGGUGUUUUUCGCAGCCACGGCACAUUUCUGUUGCAAUGGACAAGUUUGGGUUUAGCCUGCCAUAUGUUCAGUAUUUUGGAGGUGUCUCUGCUCUCAGUAAACAACAGUUUCUUGCCAUCAAUGGAUUCCCUAAUAAUUACUGGGGUUGGGGAGGAGAAGAUGAUGACAUUUUUAACAGAUUAGUUCAUAAAGGCAUGUCUAUAUCACGUCCAAAUGCUGUAGUAGGGAGGUGUCGAAUGAUCCGACAUUCAAGAGACAAGAAAAAUGAGCCCAAUCCUCAGAGGUUUGACCGGAUCGCACAUACAAAGGAAACGAUGCGCUUUGAUGGUUUGAACUCACUUACCUACAAGGUGUUGGAUAUACAGAGAUACCCGUUAUAUACCCAAAUCACAGUGGACAUCGGGACACCGAGAUAGCAUUUUUAGUACCAAUAAGAGACCUGAGAAUGGCCGGAGACCUCAGAUAUGUGUCUCUGCCAGUCGACUGGGCUGGUCCCUCUCAUUUGUACAGUCUGAAUGACAGUUCUUCUUCCUUAUCAUUCAGACAUCCCUCCAGAUGCCCAGGGUGAGUGUAACAUUUACCCACAACCUGGCUCGGCACUGGAUGAAAUUCUACAAGGUCAGUGUAAAACUGGUCAGCCUUUGGAGAGACUUCUUGGACGUGUCACCCCCAAAGAGUCAGAACUAUACACAGUUCAAAACUUAGUGACUGUGGGUCACAUUCCCACUGUUGAAACUGCUAAAUUGUGACCUGGGGAAGGACUUUGCUUUAGUCCGUGAUGUUCAUACUUGGUGACAAAUUGAGACUGCUGCUGGAUUCAGAUUGACAAGAUUUUCUUGGACCUUUUUUUUUAUACGAAAAUCAAAACUUCAAUCAGUCUCGUGCUCUGUCCCUUUCCAUCGGUAUGCGAUUAUUACAAUCACUGUGUGUGUGUCUUUUCUUAGCAAAGGAGUUUUAAAACUUGAGCCUGGACCUUGGGGUCCUGUAGUGUGUGGAUUCCAAGGCUUUGCCCUCAGAGCAGGGGCCUGGGCACUCUCACUCACGUGGCCUGUCUCCAGAUCCCUGUCUGAUUUCUGAAUGUAAAGAGGUUUUUUGUUUUGUUUUGUUUUGUUUUGUUUUUAGAAGCAGUUUUGUAGUAUUUGAAAGAAUAAAUCAAGUUUUGAUUAUGCUAUAGGUUGAUUUUUGUGUUGAUCCAAAUCAGAAUAGCUAUUGAGUGUUUAAGUCAUGACUUUAUUUUUCUGGGCAUGCUAUAUAAACUUGAAUUUCCUAUGUAUUUUUAUUGUGGUAUUUUAAAUGUGGGGGAAGGGAUUGGGUAUUUUUUAGGGGAAAAAAAUAAUGUAUGCUGUAGUGGUCAAAGGAGCCUCUGAUUGAGCUGGCAGGCCAGGUUUUGUAAAGAGCAAAAUUACUUUCAGGUCCCUUGUUGAGGGAACAGGUCAGCGUUAUCCUGCCAGACAUCUGGGUCAGGAACUUGGGAGACAGCAUCUGCUGUCCUGGCAGAACUCUCCCUCUACUCCCCCAGGUGGGCUGGGUGGAAGGACCCUCAGCCACCCAGAACUGACGCCCUCAUGGCCCUAGACUGUGGGGUUGAAAACUCAUAGCAGUCAGGUUUGUUUACCAUCUCUCCGAGCCUCCACCACACUCCCUGACCCACCCAACGUCUCCAGUUCUUAUUGUUCUCCUUCCUUCCUUCUUUCCUCUCCCUUCUCACCUCUUUGCCUCUUUCCCUAAAAUUCCCUGUGGCCCUCGGGGUCAGACUGUUCAUUCUCCAGCAUGAUUGUGCCUUUUAAUUAGAGGUCUAGAAAGUUCACCUGAACCCACACCCCCUUCUUCCUGAGAAUUCUGGUGCCUCUAAAGCCCCUCAUUGCCACUCAGGGUUUUAGUGGGUGCCCCCACUGCUCAGUGUACCCAUGAGCUGUCGUCAUUCACGGAGCCCUGUGCCAGACCGUGUUCUGUGCCUGCCUGCGGUGAUGUAGCCAGAAGCACAUACUCAGGUCAUCAAGCCGAGAGGUCGUCAAAGAGGAAGCCUGGGUUGGGAUCGUUAGGGUCAGCUGUCUAAUCCCAGAGCUAAGCCCUUUCUGCUUCAGGCAGCCUAGACUCCAGUCCUGAGCGUAGAGGCGGUGUGGAUGGCUGGCCCUCAUCCUACCUGUGCCUUUAUUGCUUUGAGCACCACAGUCUCUAACUUGCUGCUUUCUCCAGAAGCCUUUUUGUGUAUGGGUUAGAAACUCUUUUUCCCCAGUCAGAGCAGCCAGGCUGUGCAAAAUCUGUGCUCUCUCGGUUCCCCAUGCCUCUAGAAGGCCGUUAAAACCAAGACUGGAUGCACUGAGAGGAGUCUUUUUUUUUUUUUUUUUCUGUCCCCAGAUCCUGACUUUUCCAAAGUGCCUUAAAAGAAGGGAGACAGACUCAUUGAGUGUGUUGUUUCUUUCUCUCCUAAAGCAAAACUCUGCCUUUUCUCUAUGCUGUUCGUGUUGGGUUUUGUUCAUGUCAGAUAUGUGGUUCAUUCUCAGGACCAAGGGAAAUUGUCUUGACUGUCCUCCCAUUUCCUCCCUCCCAGCAUCCUUUGGGGAACCUCCAGCCCAAGGCACUGUUUUUGCCUGGCCCAAGAGAUGCCACUGGGGACUAGAGGAUGGGAGGGGCAGGGAACAUUUCCUUCACCUGGGAAUUCUUACCCUGGUGUCAACAUGCUGUGCCUUUCUCUUUCUCUAUUUCCCGUUGGUGACCUGGAUAGUCUGGCCUUUGGGAAAGAUCAGAGGCACAGGAAAGCAAAGGAAAUGUGCCACCCUUUAGCCUGGCAGGGUCUCCCUGCCCACUAGGCUGUUCCAGACCUGUGAUACUGUGUUUGUAUGUUGAUAUCCCAUGUGUACAAGUGUGUUUACCAUUGGGGCUGGGGGUGGGUGGCUGUCUCUGACCUUGGCAUUCAGAACAGACAUCUGUAUUUUUGCCUUUGAAAUGCAGUAAUAUAACGUGAAUAAAUGACCUUAUCUUUGUAA